GGAUCGAAGAAUUGACAUGGAAUGAAGAGUUGGGAUCAUAUGGAGAUUACAAUUUAACUAGCGAAAGUAGUACUAACUUAUUUUCCUUGGCAACGUAUUUUCCGUUUUGGACCGAAUCAUUACCUAAAGACUUUGCCACAAACUCUACAAAAGUUAUAAAAUCUUUCUCCCGCAUCGUUGACCUGCUUUCCAAGUACCCAGGGUCUCCGCCGACAACCCUAAUCGGUUCGGGUCAACAAUGGGAUUUUCCGAAUUCGUGGCCACCAUUGAAUUAUGUUUUAAUAAAGGGACUCUUGAAUUUUCAUAGCAGGUUUAUUGACCAGGGAAGCGAUGAUAACGAGAUAUUCAUAAAUUUGGCAAGAAAUUUAAGUCAACGAUAUGUAGAUUCUGUAUUUUGUGCGUGGUAUUCGACGG